GUAGCACCGGGUUGAUCCAUAGGCAGUUCCGCUUCGUCCUCCCCCUCUCUGCCGCGAUCGCAGCGGCGGCACGACGGAGAGAGACGACAUCCCGGCCGGCUUGGCUUUGCUACAGAUUCUUCCUCUGCCCGCGCGUCCCGCGGCGGAGGCGGUGGUCGAUCUCGGGCUGAGAUCGAUCGAUGGGCAACGCGAGCGGCAGGCUGGAGGACAUCGCGGACGCCGAGAUGGACGAGGGUGGGCGCGGCCACGUGCGGCGCGCGUCCUCGACGGGCUACGUCGGAGGAGGGAGGGGUGGGGGCGGAGCGGGAGGUUCGUCCUCGCCGGGAAGCCCCCCGCGGCCGCACUCGCCGCGCAUGUUCGUGCCCCAGAGUCCUGUAACUCCACUGCAAAGAGCUACAGAUGUACCGCCUCCGGUGUUCAACCAGAUAUUGAUGCGUGAUCAACAGGAUGAUUCUGACGGCCCGCCUCAAAAGAGGAUUCCUACUCUGCUUUUGUGGCCUCAUGGAGGGAAGAACAUCUACGUGGAAGGAUCCUGGGAUAAUUGGACAUCGAAGAAAACCGUUCAGAAAUCUGGGAAAGACCACACCAUCUUGCUAGAGCUUCCAUCUGGAGUUUACAGGUACAGAUUCAUUGUCGACGGAGAAAGGAGAUUCCUGCCCGACCUUCCCUGCGAAACCGACAACAUGGGUAACAUCGUGAAUCUUCUUGACGUCAAUGAUUUUGUACCGGAAAGCGUGGAGAGCGUAUCGGAGCUGAUGGCACCUUCCUCCCCGGACUCCAGCUACGGCUUCCAGGUCCCCGAUGACAAGGAGUUCAGCAAGGAGCCUCCCACCCUCCCGUCUCAGCUCUACCUCGGGGUGCUCAACUCCCGCAGCUCGGAGCGUGAAUGCGCGAGGCCGAGGCACGUCGUGCUCAACCAUCUGUACAUCGAGAAGGGGUGGGGCGCGCAGCCGCUGGUGGCGCUCGGCCACACGCACCGGUUCCGAUCCAAAUAUGUCACCACCGUCCUCUACAAAGCCAUUGAGAGAUAGCUAGCGUGUAAAAGCUGCUGCUGCCGACUUCCUGAAGACAUUGCCGAUUAGAUCAAACAUAAACCAAUGUGUACUUUAUGCAGGAAUGAUUUAGCCUCUUGCUGGUCCUAAAUUUGUUCUGGAAUUGUGAAGGUUUUUAUUGAGACAAAGUCGAUGACA